AUGCCCAAGUCGAUGCAGUCGUACCGCAGCGUCGACGACUACGACGCCGACGAUGACUAUGCUGCCGAACAACGCGAGCGCCAUGACACCUUCAGCAGCACCACGCCCACCUCCCCCACACUCACCUUCAGCGCCCAGAGACCGAUGCGUGCCUCGGACACGGACCUCACGAGGUCGACAGGCAGCGUCAACGAGCGGACCGCCUUGCUAGGAGUGCCUCAUUUGCGAGGCGCCAGAUCCUACAAGAGUCUUCCUGCCACAAGUCCCGGCACGCCUCGACCGGGCAUGACGCGUAACAACAGCCAGCUGCCUAUCAGUUCGCGCAUGCGGAGCAGGAGAGGCUCCCUCACGGGUGGACACACGUUUAGUCAGCGGCUAGUAAAUGCCCUGGGCGAGCGAGGAGCGGGCCUGGAGCAGAGCAUGCACUCAGCAAAGGCUUCCUUCCUCCAGGACAACCGCGUGUGGUACGAUCAGUUUACGUCCACUGAUUGGGUCCAUGAUAACAUCGCCGACGCGUAUCGCGUCAAGGCGCUGCGAAGUAGAAAGGAUAUAAGAGGGCGAUUAGCGGCAUGGUUCGAUGGCGCUCAGGGCUGGAUACUCGUGGCCCUCAUUGGCGUUCUUACUGCCGUCUGCGCGUACCUUGUCAACACCACCGAGACGACGUUAUUCGACCUAAAACAAGGAUACUGCACUAAAGGCUGGAACAAAAGCCGUAAGACGUGCUGUGAUGGUGCAUCAGUAUGCGAGAGCUGGGUCCACUGGUCCGAGGCGGUCCGCAACGACAAGCUGGAUGUGGCCCAGACGCAGUAUGGCUUCUUCGUGCUCUCGGUCGUCCUGCUUUCCAUGGCCUCGUGCCUGCUCACCCUCACCACCAAGACAGUCAUCCCCUCAGCCAUUUCACUCUCUACACUCGACGAAAACCUGGGUGCAGAAGUGCGAAGAUACUCUGAUCAAGCAGAUGAAGAGGACCGUAAACGUAGUAUCAGCCCAGAGUCGAGGUUCCAGGAAGUUCAGGCCCGGCCACCCAUGGUCUACUAUUCCGCUGCUGGCAGCGGUGUAGCUGAAGUCAAGGUCAUUCUCAGCGGCUUCGUUCUUCACGGUUACUUGGGUGUACGGACCCUGCUCGUCAAGACGCUGGCUCUGAUUCUUAGUGUUGCUUCAGGUCUCAGUCUCGGCAAGGAAGGCCCGUACGUGCACAUUGCGACUUGCAUAGGAAACAUUGCGUGUCGUAUCUUCUCCAAGUACAGUAACAACGACGGGAAACGCAGAGAGAUCCUCAGCGCUAGUGCUGCUAGUGGUGUCGCCGUUGCUUUCGGUGCUCCGAUUGGCGGAGUGCUCUUCAGUCUGGAAGAAGUCAGCUACUACUUUCCAUCCAAGACGCUCUUCAGAACCUUCUUUUGCUGCAUCGCGGCUGCCCUAUCCCUCAAAUUCUUGGAUCCAUACGGCACAAAGAAGAUUGUCCUCUUCGAGGUUCGAUACCAUCUAGAUUGGAAGUUCUUUGAGCUGGCAACUUUCGUCUUUACGGGCGCCGUUGGUGGUGUUCUUGGCGCAUUGUUCAUCAAAGCAUCUCGCAUCUGGGCACGAACAUUCCGUCGCAUACCCAUCAUCAAGAAACACCCGCUUCUCGAAGUCUUUCUCGUUGCGCUCAUCACCGGUCUGAUCAGCUUCUGGAACCGAUACACCAAGCUUCCAGUCACUGAGCUUCUGUUCGAACUGGCCAGUCCAUGCGAUACAUACACAGACUCCGGUGACGGUCUUUGUCCUACAGUCGAACACAUCCCAAGCGUGCUCAAAGUCUUGUUCUUCGCAUUCGUCAUCAAGGCGCUCCUGACCGUCGUCACCUUUGGCAUCAAAGUUCCAGCUGGUAUCUACGUACCUUCGAUGGUUGUAGGUGGCCUUGCUGGACGCUUCAUCGGCCACACCGUGCAACUUGUUGCCCUGCGUUUCCACCACUUGGGCGUUUUUGGAGAGUGCUCCGCCGACGGAACACCAGGUCAAUGUGUUGUUCCAGGAGUUUACGCCCUUGUCGCUGCUGGUGCCACAAUGACAGGUGUUACUCGUUUGAGUAUUACCCUGGCAGUCAUUCUCUUCGAGCUCACAGGUAGCUUGGAUCACGUACUACCUUUCUCUCUCGGCAUUCUUGUCUCCAAAUGGGUAGCCGAUGCCAUUGAGCCACUAAGUAUUUACGACCUGCUCACAGACAUGAACUCGUAUCCCUUCCUCGAUAACAAGGUGCGACCAAUCUUCACGUCCGAGCUUGGCGACAUCACCACUGGGAAGAGACAAGAUCACAUCAUCGACAUCUCUGAAGACGCACUUAUCCCCGCAGUCGAGCUUCGUGCAAAGCAACGUGGACUACAGAUGAUAGGUGAACUUGAUGGUGGCUUGUCAAUCAUCAAGAAUGGCGUUCUUGUUGGCCUCAUUCCCGCACCAGAUCUGGAGUUCGCCCUCGAUAAGCUAGAAAACGAAGAGAACACACUUUGCUUAAUGUCACCACGAGUCGACUGGGCUGCAGGACGCGAGCCGCAAGAUGAAGAAGAGCAAGAAGCGUACGAUCCAAGCGACUUCACGCCCUACAUUGACCCGGCACCUGUUGCAUUGGACGUCCACUCACCAAUGGAUUUGGUAUACGAAUGCUUCGUGAAGCUUGGAUUGCGGUAUAUUUGCGUGCUCAGGGACGGCAAGUACGCUGGUCUGAUUCACAAGAAGACUUUCGUCAAAUAUGUCAAAGAACUUGAGCAUCAGGAGAAGAAAGCGCAUGAGAUCUGA